GGAGCGAUGAGUUCCCGUUAUCAGCCCCGGAGGGGCCCAUCACUGGGGGGGGGCUCCGUGCAGCCAGUGGGGAGCGAUGAGUCCCCGUUAUCAGCCCGGGGGGGGGCCAUCACUGGGGGGGGCUCCGUGCGGCCGUUGGGGAGCGUUUUCCUUUCUGAGAUCCCCUUCCUCCCGCCUGCUGGGCGCGAUCGUGCCUGGAUUCUCGCUCUCCGUUCCGCAGGUGACAGCGAGAAUGAGAGAACUCGACGGGAAGAUCCUGCAAAGGUCAGAGCCAGAGAUGUUUUCAGACUGCUCCAUGUGCGAUGUGUCCCAGAGUCUGGACCAGGGAAAAGACAGUGAAAGUCAGCACGGGUUACAAAUGCAGCAGAGGGAAUCCACAGGGAACCGGUGGGGCAAAUCCACUCUCUGCAAGAGACGUUUCAAGAAGUGCAAAGAUGUGCCUGUGCGCCAGAACCCAGCUCAGAAGAGAGAGCGACCCUAUAAAUCUGGUGAAUGGGGCAAAAGCUCUUGGCAGCGCCCAGCCCUUAUCAAACACCAGAGAAUCUGCAAUGGAAAGAAGCCUUACAAAUGCAUUGUGUGUGGGGGGGGGGAGCUUCGGCUGAGCUCAGCACUCCCGAGACACCAGAGCAGUCGUGCUGGGCAGAUCCCCUGCCAUCCCACUGAAUGUGCGGAGAGCUUCCAGCACCCCUGGGCAGAGAAAAGGUCUGAGUGUGCUGACUGUGGGAAGGCCUUUGGGCAGAGCUCAGAACGGGUCAGACAUCAGAGAAUCCACACCGACGAGUGGCCCUGCACAUGCUCUGAGUGUGGGAAGAGCUCUCGGAGCUCAACCCUCGUCACGCACCGGAGGAUCCACACAGGCGAGAGACCAUCAGUGCAGGGAAUGUGGGGAGCUCCACCCUCCUCAUCCACCAGAGGAUCCAUACGGGGCAGAGACCCUACAAAUGCUCCGAGUGUGGGAAAGGCUUCACUCACAACUCGGCUCUCAUUCAGCAUCAAAUGACACACACGGGAGAGAGACCCUGGACCUGCUCCGAGUGCGAGAAGAGCUUCAGUCAGAGCAAAUCCCUCCUUGCCCAUCAGAGGAGCCACCUGGGGAACAGGCCCUACGGGUACAGCGAGUGUGGGAAAGGCAUCCAGCAAAGUGCAGAGCGUCUCUGACAGCAGGUUAUCCACCUGGAGGACAGACCCUACAAAUGUAGCAUCUGCGGGAAGAGGUUCAAUAGCAGCUCGAAACUGACUGAGCAUGAGGAACUCCACACUGGGGAGGUGUGGGGGAAAGACUUCAGCCCGUAUCAUCCCUCGCGGCCCAGCAGCGAACCCACACGGGCGAGAGGCCCUAUAAACAUCCCAGUUGUGAGCAAAGGUUUAGGUGGUGCUCAACACUUACUAGACAUCGGAGAAUCCAUGCGGAGCCAGUUGCUCUGGGGGGCUUUUCGUAAAACUGCCAGGGAGCUGUGUCCUGUUGAGCAGGGAGCCUGGGGGCUGCACCAAGAGGGACUGUAUUUGUGCUGGACCCCUCCCAAGAAGGAAGUAAACGGAGGCAGUCCAAGCCUUGAGCAUUCACCUGCUGAGAGAGGAAGUGUAGUUGCUGUAGAGGAAAAAACAUGUUAUUGAUAAAAACUUCUCAGCUACUUAUCUCUGAGCUGCUUGGAUAGCAGGUUCAAACCAGUGUGUUGGGACCAGUUUUGGGGUCACUGCCUGAAUCUCAGUGGGCACCAAAAAAGUCAUCAUAAAAAUAAUAUGGUGUUUAAUGAUAGUCUAAAUGUGACUUGUGAAAAAAUAACUGGCAAAACCCAUGUGCUGUGGCGGCGAGAGACUGUGUGGAGCAAGGGUGAGUUACUGAGGAGAGAAUGAUCUGUGAAAGAAAGCAGAACUGCUGAAGUCAAAUAUAUGGAGCUGUAGCCCCUUCUCAUUCAUGCUGGAGCGGCCCUGUGGAUUUCUCCGGCUGUGUUGGCCACAGCUGAGUGCAGUGCAUUUUGCAUCCUGUUUGUGCCCAGGUGUGGACUGGUCCAUGACUUACAAGAACCGAAUCCAUACAUUGGAGGCGAGCUUAGGCCAGUUGGGACGGGAGCUCACUCCUCCUGGGGGCUGAGAGAACAAAUGACCGGCUGUGCCUCCAGACUGCAGAGAGGGUGAUGCUGAUCACUGAGACUGGCUGCUUUCUCUUAGGAAUGGCAUGAAACCAUUUGAUCCUGUUUGAAACAAGUAAAAUAGGUUUGUGGGUUGUUGUUUUAUUUAAAAGCCCCCCUCCCCCAAUUUCUGCAAAGGCUCCCUCUGAUCAAGGUAGCCACCUCACCCUUUUCCUUGGGCCGUAUCUGAUGUAGGGCCCGUUGCACAGGCAGUGCUUUUAGCAAUCUUGGUGCAGUCUCACCCGAACAGUCAGAAAUGCCUUGUUUGGGGACAUGGGAUUUCACUGGGGAAGAGAGAGUUUCCAGUGUUAGCAGUGGCUGGAAGGUGCCGGCCUCCUCCAGCUGGGACCACUCAGGAGGUUCCUGGUUGGUUUGAUAGUCAGAUUAGUUAGUGUGUGACUGUGCUGGAGUUAGCGUAUUGAAUGAUCCCUGUGGCCAUAGGCUGUGACAGAAGUUCAGCACCCCCUAACUUGUCUCCAUCCCUUUGCAUGCAGCUCCCUGGUUCCCUGAAACGGUCACUGCCCUGCUUAUGUCACCCACCCACCUGCAGCCUCAAUGGGGAGAUCUAAGACUAAGCCAUCCCGUGGUCCAGAACCUCCCUGAGUUCUGAGCUGUGAGUUCUGGGUAGGGACGGGGAGCGGCCUCCUCCCUGUGAGACUGGCUGGGACACUGCACUGACUCCAGUGUGUUCUGGGAGCAGCGGGGCAGCCACACUCUGCAGCAUUUCUCUUCCUUGAGAAUAUUUCUCCCAGGGCCAAGGGCAGUGGUUAACAGGCUGGGGGUUUGCCUGAGGUGGGGAGGGGCGGAUUGAACAGGCAGGAGGGACCAAUGAAAGUGCAGAAUUGCUGAGCCUGGAGACUUUUGACCACUUUACACAAUUGACAGUCACAUAAUCAGUGAGGUGACAGGCAGGCUUUGAGAGCCAAAGCUGGGGCAAGUGCUUGUCAGAGAAACUUGCUAGUGGGACCAGUCCAAAUGCCCUCAGACCCUCCUGCUAAGGGUUGGUCGUGGACCAGUGAGCAGGAAGAAAAGCUCCUGCUCCCUGAGUCCUCGUAGCAACAUCCCCCAGGCCCAGAGGUGUGUGCCUGCCUGGACUUAGGGUGGGAAGAAAAGAGGCUGAGUGUUUCCAUGUGUUGAUGGGGAUGAGCUGCCUGCAGUGGAGUCCAGUCUGCUGUGGCGAACUGACUGGUCAUGAGUGUGGGAGGCUGACUGGUGAUUUUUCCAUUCGUCGGGUUGGCAAUGCUCUUGCUCACCAGGGAGCUUUUCCCGAAGAGUUUGCAGCACUAGGUGUAAGUACGAGGUAACUCAGUAGUAAUAGCCCCUGAGUAACAGCACUGUCACCACAGGGCUAGUUAUUGCUAUUUAGCAAUUACGCUUUCAUGCGUCUGCUCGUCGGUCAGGGCUUUUCUACAGUCAUAGUUUACAGUUUAACAAAGAGUCGAGUACGCAAGUAACAGUUUAGUCACUGUUAGAAUUAUGACAAUCUCCGUGAACAGAAUAUUGUAAUGUACACCAUGUGCAGAUUCUUUGGUCAUCCAGCUGUAUUAUUGAAUGAUGAGACAUAAAUCAAGAAGAUGUAACUCUUA